AUGCCUGAAUGCAGACGAGAUCAAACCAGAUUUAUCGUGUUUCUGGCGGUGAUGAUGACAGUGGAGACUGCUGUGAUUUUUGCAAUCAUGCAUUGGGAACACAAAAAUGCUGAACACCAGGCACAGGAGAGGCUGUCCAGGCAGCGGGCAGAACAUGCAACACCACAUCUGCUGCACAGGGACGAGAAACCAAGCUACAACCAGCAAAGAAUAUCUGACAAACGAAGAAAUAAGCAAACAUGGAAGCAUAAAAACAAAUACAAAUCAACAGACUCCCAUACUGGAUUACUGAAAAACAAAACUGUUAAAACUUAA